AUGCAAAGUAAGCCUCGUGCGGUGUAUCGUAAACCCUCUCUUUAUCGUUCAAAACUAGUCCUGCUGCUUUCUUCUACCACUCGGCUUUCGUCAAACCCCCGUACUCCACUCACGUUCAUCCGCCUUCUGCAGCGGCAACACGAAUCAAGGGAGUCGCGGCAUACCCAACAACCAGAGCAACUAUCGCAACAGCAGAGGCAGCAAUCACAGCCCGAGCAACCGCGGGAGCAGCAGCAGCAGCAGCAGCAGCAGCAGCAGCAGCAGCAGCAGCAGCAACAGGAACAGGUAGAGCAAGGGACGAAGGCGUCGCACAGAAAGAAAGCGGAACAAGGGAAGACCCAACAGUCGCAGGCGCAAUGGCAAGCAGCAAUCAGCAGCUCAGGCGUGAAAUCAGCCGCAGCACCCAUGGGAACCGAGCGGCACCUAGCGACAGCCAUGCUGUUCCUCGUAGCCCUCUCCGUGUGCCUCUGGCUGGACGUGAAAACCGCAAUGGACCUGCUUGUAUCGGGUACGCGGGCGUUCGUGCAGCUGACAGCCGUUGGAUUGGGGCUCAAAUACAUCUUCACCGUUGACAGCGCGCACCCCGUUUUUGUUGCUGUUGCAGUCAUGAUCGUGAUAGCAGCCUACACAGCUUCCCAGAGAGCCAAGUCAGUGCCUCGAGGCUUCUGGGUGGCGCUGCUGGCGGUGGCUACUGGCACUGUCACUGCAUUGUCGCUCUUAGUCAGCUUGCAGCGAGGCUUCUGGGUGGCGCUGGUGGUGGUUGCUACUGGCACUGUCGCUGCUCGUUACCCUACAGGUGAGAAAUGGGAUGAUGAGCUGGGAUUGUGGGUGGCGGUGGUGGCAGUAGCUACUAGCUCUGUGAAUGUGCUCUGA